CAAGAAAGACAAUAAUUACACAAAAACCUUUAACUGUUAAACAUCGUUCUCCGGAGAAAGAAGAUUCUGAGCUGAAAAUAGAAAAAGCAUGAAAGAAAAAAGAUUCAAGAAGAACCAAUACACAGUCUUUUUAUCUUUCUUCUUCUCCUUCUUCAACCUCUGUUCCACGUCGGAUUUGCUCCUCCCACGUUCGCCGUUAGAGAUUCUCACAGGAGGGAGGUGGGAUCUCCUGCAGCCGAGUGUAGGCAUAUCAGCGAUGCACAUGCAACUCCUCCACAACAACAAAGUCGUCAUCUUUGACCGUACGGACUACGGCCCUUCGAAUCUCUCCCUCCCUUCCCAAACUUGCCGAAACGCCACCGUUUUCGACUGUUCCGCGCACUCACUCCUAUACGACGUCGCUUCCAACACCUUUCGUCCACUCACUCUCCGAUCCGACACGUGGUGCUCAUCCGGCUCUUUAAACUCCUCGGGCUCUUUGAUCCAAACCGGCGGUUACGGCGUCGGCGAGCGAGUUGUACGGAUAUUCACACCUUGCGACGGCGCUUCUUGCGACUGGGUUGAGAACAGAGCCUAUCUCUCCUCUCGCCGGUGGUAUUCCACCAAUCAGAUUCUCCCCGACGGCCGGAUCAUCAUCGUCGGCGGGAGAAGAGCCUUCACCUACGAGUUCUACCCCAAGAACGCGGGAAAAUCCGUUUUCAAUCUCAGAUUCUUGGCGGAGACGAGAGAUCCAAACGAAGAGAACAAUCUUUACCCCUUUCUCCAUCUUCUCCCCGACGGAAACCUAUUCAUCUUCGCUAACCGGAGAUCGAUUUCGUUCGACUUCGUCAAUCACCGGAUCGUCAAGGAGUUUCCGAUGAUUCCCGGCGGCGAUAAACGGAACUACCCCAGCACUGGCUCCUCCGUACUCCUCCCUCUAUCCCUCACCGGAGAAAAUAACCGAUCGAAGAUCACGGCGGAAGUUAUGGUCUGCGGCGGAGCUCCGCCUGGAGCGUUUCUGAAGGCGGCGAGAACGAUCCCUAAGAUCUUCGUCGGAGCGUCUCGCACGUGUGGGAGACUGAGAGUGACCGACGCGAAACCGAGCUGGGUCAUGGAGCAGAUGCCGUCGCCACGUGUCAUGCCCGAUAUGCUGUUGCUACCUAACGGCGACGUUUUGAUCAUUAACGGCGCGACGAACGGAACCGCUGGUUGGGAAGACGCUACAAACGGCGUUCUCAACCCGGUUUUAUACUUACCCGAUGAACCCGACCCGACCCGGAGAUUUGAAAUUCUCGCGCCAACUCGGAUCCCUAGAAUGUACCAUUCCGCGUCUCUCCUCCUCGCCGACGGAAGAGUCUUGAUCGGAGGGAGCAAUCCUCACCGGAAUUACAAUUUCACGGCGAGGCAUUAUCCGACGGAGCUCAGUCUGGAGGCUUAUCUCCCGCGUUACCUGGAUCCUCAGUACGCGGGCGUGAGGCCGUCGAUUGUCACGGUUGAGCUCGCCGGGAAUAUGCUGUACGGUAAGUCGUUUGCCGUUACGUUCGUGAUUCCGGCGUUUGGGAUGUUCGACGGAAGAGUGUUGGUGCGGCUCGUGGCUCCGUCGUUCAGCACGCACUCGACGGCGAUGAACCAGAGGAUGCUGGUCUUGCGCGUGAGGCGCGUCGUUCAGUUAUCUGUUUUCGCGUAUAAAGCUGACGUGGAUGGUCCUACUAACUCCUACGUGGCACCGCCUGGGUAUUAUAUGAUGUUCAUGGUUCACCGUGGAACUCCGAGCGUGGCUAUCUGGGUUAAAGUUUAAACGUGAAUGCAGUUUUUACUCUGCUUUUGACUCUGUUUUACAUAUAUUCAUUUACUUUUUGAUUCGUUCUAGUAUUACAGUGUUGUAAAACAUUUUGUUUUAGUGAAAUUAAGAGAUUAGUAACAGAA